UUUAUCAGGCACAUACCCCCUUUUUUUCCUCUUUUUUUUGCUGUUUAUUUGAUAUGUGUUUCUGAUAGAUGUAAUUGAAUAUUUGAUGAUCAGUUCCAUGGACUUCUGUUUUUGGUUGCAGAUUGUUAUGACCCUUUGGAUCCUAAUGGAAACAUCACUGUUACUUUUGAUAUUCAUGAAUGGAAACUUGAUGGUUAUGUGGCAAGAGUGACAAUCCAGAACUAUUACCAGUACCGCCAUGUUGAUAAACCGGGAUGGAAGAUAGGGUGGGCAUGGACUAAAAAUGAGGUGAUUUGGUCAAUGUUGGGAGCUUUUGCAACCCAACAAGGAGAUUGCUCAAAUUUCAAGUUCAAAGUCCCUCACUCAUGCUUAAAAACUCCUGUUAUUGCUGAUCUGAUACCGGAGGUCUCGCCUUCGAACAAAUCAGAGGACUGUUGUCGCAGCGGGGUUCUUUCUGCCUGGACAAUUGAUCCUUCCAAGUCAUUCUCUUCCUUUGAGAUGACAGUAGGGAACUUGCCUAAUUCUACUUCGUUUCUUCCUGUGAAUUUGACAUUACUGGCUCCUGGUCCUGGUUAUACUUGUAGCCCAGUUGAGGAAACUGAGCCUACGAAGUCUUCUGAUAUUGGUGGAAGAAGAGAAAUCCAGGUCUUCAAGACGUGGAAAUCGACGUGCACUUACUCGAGUUUUCUGGGAAACAAAGCACCAAGUUGUUGUGUUUCUUUGUCAACAUUCUACAAUCCGAUCGUCACAACAUGUCCCAAGUGCAGCUGUGGAUGCAGAGAGGUAGACCAACUGACAUCUUCUUGCAUAAUGGAAGGUUCCCCGUUGGCGAUUUCGGAUGGCCUGGACAUGGUGCAAUGUACAGAACAUAUGUGCCCGGUUCGAGUUCAUUGGCAUGUCAGUAACAAUUACAUGACUCACUGGAGGGUGAAAUUGACCGUCUCUAACUACAAUUACAAGAGAAACUACUCAGACUGGAAUGUAGUAGUCCAACAUCCUGGUUUCAGCCAGAAAGCAAUCACAUACAGCUUCAAUAGUACCCUGCUUCCCACUGUUGGCCUUUCAGAUGAGGCAGCACUGUUUUGGGGGAUAAGUUACUACAACAGUGAACUACUUGAAACUGAUGAGACCCACUUGGGUUCAGUGACAAGUGAUAUACUCUUUGCAAAAGAAUCAGAUUCAUUUACAUUGAGAAAUGGAUGGGCAUUGCCAAGAAGAAUUUACUUCAAUGGAGAGGACUGUGUGAUGCCACUGCCAGAUGACUUCCCAAUGCUUCCAAAUAUUGGUAGUUCCAUUGUCAAACCCACUCAUCACUUUCUCCUCCUACUACUUCUGCAACUUCUCAUCUUCUGUUCCAAAACACUUGUGAUUUGGGUUUGAUUAAUAAGCCAUUUGCAUAAUUCGUAGCAGAUUGAUAGGCAAAAAUUUAAAGUCUGAAACUUGUACAUGAUUUCACAAUUGAUCUUUGUGAUGUUUGUAAGGAGAUUAUGUCACUUCCUUAAGUAUAAUCUCCUAAACUGGGUUAUAUGGUGUUUGAA